AUGCUUUGGGGGGAGCUCCUCGUGCGCUGGCUGGCGGCGGGCAGGGCGUCGCGGAGGCUGGUGCUGGUGGUGGUGUUCGUGGCGCUGCUGCUGGACAACAUGCUGCUGACCGUCGUGGUACCGAUCGUCCCCACCUUCCUUUACACAACUGAAUAUGAAGGCACCAACGGCUCCACUGCCUCAACCCGGGCUGAGCCAGCUCCUCCAGCCCUGAACCCUCCUUUCUUCUCCACGUUCUCCUAUUUUGACAACACCACGGUGGCUGCCUCGGGCUCCAUCAGCGCUGUGGGGCUGGUGAAUGGGACACAGAGCAGCCCCCUACCAGAGACCCCCACCAGCAGCCCCCCACCACCGAGCGGCUGCCUGGAGGGCGAGGAGUUCCUCACCAACGAAAACGUCCGUGUGGGGCUGCUCUUUGCCUCCAAGGCUCUCGUGCAGCUGGUGGUGAACCCGUCCGUGGGUCUCCUAACCAACAGGAUCGGAUACCACAUCCCCAUGUUCAUAGGGUUCAUCAUCAUGUUCGUCUCCACAGUCAUGUUUGCCUUCUCAGGCACCUACACCCUGCUCUUCAUCGCCCGCGCCCUCCAAGGCAUCGGGUCGUCCUUCUCAUCCGUCGCAGGCCUGGGCAUGCUGGCUUCCGUCUACACGGACGACUUCGAGAGGGGCAACGCGAUGGGGAUCGCUCUUGGAGGCUUGGCCUUGGGUGUGCUGAUUGGGGCUCCCUUUGGGAGCGUGAUGAACGAAUUUGUGGGGAAAUCAUCUCCAUUCCUGGUCCUGGCGUUCCUCGCGCUCUUGGAUGGAGCUUUGCAGCUCUGCAUCCUGCAGCCCUCUAAGAUCUGCCCUGAGAGCACCAAGGGCACCCCAGUGCUCACCCUGCUGCGAGACCCCUACAUCCUCAUCGCUGCAGGAGCCCUCUGCUUCUCCAACAUGGGGGUGGCCAUGCUGGAGCCCACCCUGCCCAUCUGGAUGAUGCAGACCAUGUGCUCCCCGAAAUGGCAGCUAGGGAUGGCGUUCCUCCCCGCCAGCAUUUCCUACCUCAUCGGCACCAACCUCUUCGGGAUUCUGGCUAACAAAAUGGGCCGGUGGCUGUGCUCCCUGAUCGGCAUGGCCGUGGUGGGAAUCAGUCUCCUGUGUGUACCCCUGGCCAAAAGCAUUUACGGGCUGAUCGGCCCGAACGGCGGCCUUGGCUUUGCCAUAGGAAUGGUGGACUCCUCGAUGAUGCCCAUCAUGGGUUACCUCGUGGACCUCCGCCACACCUCGGUCUACGGCAACGUCUACGCCAUAGCCGACAUCGCCUUCUGCACGGGCUUUGCGAUUGGUCCGUCCACAGGCGGCGCGAUCGUUCGAGCUGUCGGGUUCCCCUGGCUGAUGGUCAUCAUUGGGGUUAUCAACAUCGCUUACGCUCCUCUCUGCUGGUACCUGCGCAACCCUCCCGCUAAGGAGGAGAAGAUCGCAAUCCUAAGCCAGGAGUGCCCCAUGCAACCCAAAAGCUACAGCGCUCCGAAAACCCUGCGCGCUUUCCCUCUCGCAGACGACAGCGACGUGGAGGCGGACGGCGCAGAAUAG